ACCUUGCGGAUAGCAGGAUUCUUGUAGUCCGACAACGCUGUCGGCAGCCAUCUUAAGAAAACUCCACCCUUUUAGUACACAGGCUCUUAUGGAAGUAUUUUUUCAAAGUGAUUUUUGUCUUAACUGGAUUACAAUUUCGACCAAAGAAAAAUAGUGAAAAAUACUACAUAAUUCAGGGCAUCCCCUAACAUGUCAAAGUUCUAUAAGAAGUGUGUUGUCAAAGGGUGUCCUAACAAUGGAAUAGGAGAUAAGUCAGUUGGCGUACGGUUCUUUGGUAUUCCUGUCUCUCCAGACAACAGAUACCCAUCGGACUCAAUAAUUAUUCAGCAAAGAAGAGAACUCUGGUUAGCUAGGUUAAACAUCAAUGAUGCUAAUAUCAAAACAAAACACUUGGUGUGUAAUCUUCAUUUUGCAUCUGGAAAACCAAGCUACUAUUUACAAAAAAAUCACCCAGAUUGGGCUCCUUCAGUAUCACUGAACAAAGCUAUCACAGAUAGCACUCGUUUACAAAGAAGAGUGUUGUAUACCUACAACAGAGAGGCUAUGUUUAUGAACACUUUAGCAAACUAUACCCAACCCAAGGAGGAAGAUAAUAGCAACAUUACGAUACACAGUCCUUUAAAAUUAAUGAAAAUCUGAAUUCAAGUGAAGUUCUACUUGCUGAAGAACUUCAAGAUUCUCCAAUGGACCUGUCAACAUCGAAACCGUGCCACAGCCUGGUCGACGAAGAACCGUCAUCAAGUGAACACUCACCACAAUUGGUGAGUGAGUUGCAAAAAGAAAUCGAAAAGUUAACAGCACAACUUGAAAAAAUGAAUGCAGAGUACGUCUCACUGAAGAAAGAAUUUGCUAUGUAUUGUAACAGACCAAUAACAUCUCAUUUUUUUAGCAAAUGUCAAAAUAGUGACAGGUGGAUGCGAGUUUAUACGAGCCUGUCAACUGCUAAGUCAUUUGAAAUACUUUUUAAAGCGAUUCAGUCUGGAAUACCAGAAAACAAUAGUUUUAAGCUGUGUAAACGACAACAGCUUUUCUUGACACUUGUUAAAUUAAGUCAUAACCCAGCAGACAUUGAUUUGGCUUUUCGUUUUGAUAUAAGCGAAUGGACUGUCUCUCGGUACUUUCAUUCUUGGGUAGACUGUAUUUAUUACAAACUUAAGACACAUGUACUUAUUUGGCCCCUUCUUUCUCAACUGCAGGUAGCAAUGCCUAUGUGUUUCCGUCGUCAUUAUCCAAACACUGUAUCUAUCAUGGAUUGUUUUGAAACACAAAUUCAAAUUCCCAAUGACAGGAAUGAUCAGGCUGCUACCUACUCUACCUAUAAAAGUAAGAAUACUGUUAAAUAUCUGAUUUCUGCCACUCCUAAUGGAACUAUAAAUUUCAUUUCUAAAGGGUAUGCUGGCCGAAAAUCGGACCAGUUCAUUGUAAGGCACAGUGGCUACAUAGAUAAUUUAAAAGCAGGUGAUGAGGUUCUUGCUGAUAUGGGUUUUGAGGUAGCGGAAGAAAUUGGAUUAAGAGGAGCCAAACUAAUCACUCCUGCUUUUAAGAGAGCUGCACAACUAACUCAAUUAGAAACUGAAAUAUCUCGCCAAGUUUCAAAUGUGCGAAUACACAUAGAACGAGAAAUAGGAUGUAUGCGCAUGAAGUUCGACAUUAUGCGUGGCCCAGUUAUAAUGUACAAUUUGAAUACUUUUCAGGAUAAUGUGUGUUUCUAUGACGAAAUUGUUGCUGUCUGUUGUAUUCUUUCAAAUUUGAAUCCUAGUAUUAUUCCAUUUGAGUGAUUUAUA